UCUUCACUGCUGAAGUCGCUCCACAGCUUCCCCUUUAAUCCAGGCGGGGAUGAUGACAUCAUUACCCAGGAACAGAGGGGGGGGACCGGGUAACGCCAUUUUCACGCACCGCGCAGUCGUUCAGUCAUCCAGCCAGUGGACCAGCGAGCUGUCAUCCUCACAGGCGACUUGUCAACUUUCUAUUUAGACCCAUGAAGCCACUAUCAAGUUAGUUUCCCGGACCUGUUCCUGCAAUGGAGCGAAAGGAGAGCAGGCUGUUCCUGUACGGCUCCGACUAAAGCCUGGGUUUGUGACAGGCUGCUAACAGCUAUGUAGCUAGCUGGUCAUCAUUAACGGCUGUUGAUGCAGUGAAACCAGUCGGCAACACACAACCCACAAACCGGAGACACUGUGGGAAGUCUUAGUUUUAUAUAGACACAUCAAUCCACUCGUGUCGGGAAACGUUUACAGGGAAAGGGACAACCUCUAUCCUGUGAGUUGAGGUGAUUUAAAAGGCAAGAAGGAGCGUUACAGUCCGGCUACAUUGGCAACGGAUGUCCUAAAGAACGGAUGCGUGAGGACAUGUCCACCAUGGUGUGCGUGAAGGAGGAGGAGGACCCUGGGGAGAAGCUGUCCCAGGAUGAGAUCAUCUCCAGGACCAAGCAGGUGAUCCAGGGGCUGGAGGCCCUGAAGCAGGAGCACCACUCCAUCCUGGACGGGCUGCUGGGCACGCUACGGUGCCUGAAGCAGGACGAGGAAGGCGUCCUGGUGGAGGAGAAGUCCCACAUGAUUCGCAAGUCCCUGGAGAUGCUGGAGCUGGGGCUGAGCGAGGCACAGGUGAUGAUGGCACUGUCGAGCCACUUGAGCUCCGUGGAGUCAGAGAAGCAGAAGCUCCGGGCUCAGGUACGCCGGCUCUGUCAGGAGAACCAGUGGCUGAGGGACGAGCUGGCGGGGACGCAGCAGAAGCUGCAGAAGAGCGAGCAGAGCGUGGCUCAGCUGGAGGAGGAGAAGAAGCACUUGGAGUUCAUGAACCAGCUGAAGAAGUACGACGAAGACUUGUCCCCAUCUGAGGAGAAGGAUUCUGACUCAAGUAAAGAAACUUUGGACGAUCUCUUCCCAGAUGACCAGGAUGACCAAGCCCCAGGGAUCCAGCCGACUCACGGCAGUGCUGCAGCAGCAGCAGCCCAACAGGGAGGCUACGAGAUCCCCGCCCGUCUGAGAACCCUCCACAACCUGGUGAUCCAGUACGCUUCACAGGGCAGAUACGAGGUGGCUGUGCCCCUCUGCAAGCAGGCCCUCGAAGACCUGGAGAAGACCUCUGGACACGACCACCCAGAUGUGGCCACAAUGCUAAAUAUCCUAGCCCUUGUUUACAGGGACCAGAACAAAUACAAGGAGGCAGCCAACCUGCUGAAUGAUGCUCUGGCUAUCAGGGAGAAGACUCUGGGCAGGGACCAUCCAGCUGUCGCUGCCACCCUCAAUAACCUGGCUGUCCUGUAUGGCAAGAGAGGAAAGUACAAAGAGGCUGAGCCGCUGUGUAAGAGAGCGCUGGAGAUCAGAGAAAAGGUGCUGGGGAAGGACCACCCAGAUGUGGCCAAGCAGCUGAACAACCUGGCCCUGCUGUGUCAGAACCAGGGCAAGUACGAGGAGGUGGAGUACUACUACAUGAGAGCGCUGGAGAUCUACCAGACCAAACUGGGCCCCGACGACCCCAACGUGGCCAAAACCAAGAACAACCUGGCAUCCUGUUACCUCAAACAGGGCAAGUUCAAGCAGGCUGAAACUCUGUAUAAAGAAAUCCUCACCCGCGCCCAUGAGAGGGAGUUCGGCUCCGUUGAUGAUGAGAACAAACCAAUAUGGAUGCAUGCUGAGGAGAGAGAGGAACAAAGCAAGGGGAAGCAGAAGGACGGAUCACCGUUUGGAGAAUAUGGCGGCUGGUACAAAGCCUGCAAAGUCGACAGCCCCACAGUGACCACCACCCUGAAGAAUCUGGGCGCCCUCUACAGGCGGCAGGGCAAGUUCGAGGCGGCCGAGACUCUGGAGGAAGCUGCCAUGCGUUCCAGAAAGCAGGGUCUGGACAAUGUUCACAAGCAGCGUGUGGCAGAGGUCUUAAGCGAGCCAGAGGCCCGUGAGAAGCAGCGAAGCCGCGAGAGUUUGACCUCUGACACGGUGAAAUAUGAGAGCGGGCCGGACGGUGGCGAGGAAGCAUAACUCCAGAUGCCUUGUAAUGAUUCUAAAAACUUGUCUUCUGCAUGACGGACGCCUCACCUCACCUCACCUCGCCUCAGUCCCUUCAGCUUUGCAGUUUUCUUCAGCUCUGACUCCUCCCCCCUUCUCUUGCUCCUCCACCACUACCAGCUUCUCUGGGUUCUGGUGGGAUUCUUCACGGGCCGGGUCGAGCUGCAGCGAUUAUGUUGCUCUUACAAGGAGUGGGUUGGAGUUAGGAUAAUGCAGAGAUAGCUUGAAAUCCAAAUUUUGUGUUUAUCUGCAGUAUGUGGGAGAGGACUGGGGUGACUUUCUCAACAAGGCAACACUGAACUUCUGCUUCUUACCACAUUCUUCCCUCUGUCCACUAACAUGACUCUGUUCUCUCCCACGUUCUCUCUCUCUCUGUCCCUCUCCAGUGUCUUUAGACCGUACUGUAGACUCCUUUCAUAUUUAGAAAUGAUGAGAGGAUUGUAAGGGGAGACUGACAGCGUCAACUUAAAUCUCUGAUUCCUUUCUUAAUCUCUCAGCUGUCCUGUGAAGCCUAACUCUGUCCAUUUAACCUGGACCCUCAGCUUUAAGGCUGAUUUAUACUUCUGCGUCUCCCCUACACAGCAGGGGCUGACGCGGACAUGAGCACCACAUACUUGUGUGUCGUUGUGUCCGUGUCGCCUAGCAACUCUCCGCCGAAACGCCUGAGGGCAGUGUGGUCUCUCUGAUAGCCGGUCUCCUCCUUCCGGCCCCGCUACGAUCUCCGUUUCCUUUUCCACAGAGAUUCAGAGCGUGUUCUGUUAAUCUACAGCUGAUACAUGUUGCUGUUUAUCAUACAGACAUGAUUACAUGAAGAAUAGAGAGGAGGAGAUCAAAUACACGGACGAUAAGCGGGGAAGUGCUGUAAAUGCCGGACAUACAAUGUCGCCAUGCCGACCAAUCACAGGGCUUGUGGUUCGCGUUGAUUCUACAGGUUGUUACAUUUUGAAGGAGGUGUACAUCAUCUACGUGUGUAGGCCUCUGCGUAGGUACGGGAGCUACGCUGUGGACUUGACGCAGAAGUAUAAAUCAGCCUUUAGACUUCCCUAAUCUAACCCCGGCAUAUAAAUAUUGAGAAGUCUCUUCUCGAAACCCCAAAAUGCUUCUUUAUCAGCUUAUGACAUGUCACUUUGAAGAAGACAGACUCAAGAAGAAGAAACGUAACACCUUAAGUUCGCUUUGUCAUGUUUUAACUGAUUAGGAAACGUAAAAGAGAAGAAAACACAAGAAAGGAAUGUGAAAAAAUGGGAAUGUAAACAUUAUAAAGCAUGCUGUUAGAUCAAUAUUUCCCUUAGAUCCUCUCCAGUUGUUAUUUAGACUAAAAAAAGACAACAAAUCAAUGUAGAAUAAUACAUAUAGAGCAUCCAUACACUUGACCCUUGACCCCAAAGCUUUAUAGGGCUGGAAAAUACCCUCACUGGAUCUUUAACAGGCCGUGAUCAACAUGACGAGAGACAAUAGAGACCGUCAAUUAUCGAGCAUUAUGUCUCCAUUUUCCUUCUCUAUGUAUUUUUGCUGGUCUGGCUUAUACAGUCGGCUACACUGCUCAACACUGCCCCAUGGCCUCCAGUGGUACUGCAAGAAAACAUGCAGAAAUACAAACAUAAGGAAUGCUGAGUCCAGGCAGACUGUAUGUGAAAUGUACAAACUUAAGGCGACAUGAAGCGUCAGAGAUAAAAGUUUUAAGAGGUGAUCUUUUCUCUGAAGUUUGAACGUAAACUUGGUGUCUGACACCCUGAAAAAAGUUGUGAACUGUAUCCAGCAACGUGAGUCUUAUCACAAGUUGAGUGUAUACCUGUGAGAGAGGAAGAAAACUGACUCCCUGAUGAUGUCGUGCUGAAUGAAUCAAACAAGAAUCCACUCUGCCUCUUACAAUCCAAGUCUCCAAGUACCAAAUGGUCUGAGUUAGAGCUUCAAACUCCAUCCUCCCUCCUCCUCCUCCUCGUCUCUCCUCUCCGUGGAGGUCUCUCUGUGCUCUAUAAUUCACUCAGUUUAACUUGGCGUUUACAUCCAAACUCAUUAGUGGUGACUCAAAGCUCAUAGUGAUGUGACAUGCUGUAAAUAACAUCUCGUAAAUAACUCGUCAGCAUGAUCGAGAGCACCGUUGUGGCUCUGUGGGUUUCUGCUCCUCUUAGAGUUUUAGUCAUUAGUUUGUCGCUCUGUGUCAUCUGUACGCUCUGAUAUCAGACUAAACUAUGUUUCGAUGUCAACAAGAGGACACGUUUGAGGUAACGGGAUCCAUGCACAAUGUUGGUUAUGUCCAGGUCUGGAACACGAUGGAGGUUGACAUUUUGAAAUGAAUGUCGGGGUUAGGAGGGAGAAGAAGGGAAUCUUGUGACCAUGCGUAAACAUUGUGCAUGUGUCCUGUGUACCUUCUGUAUAUCUCUGUAUAUAGAUGUCUGAAUAAACGGGUGGGGGGUGCAGAGGGUUUGCUGUGAACAUGUUGCAUUUGUUGGAAACGUAGGAAUUAUAAAACUCUCUUUGUCUCUGUUCUCUGCUCCUGCUAAUAAUCUUCUGCGUGUCCUGUCCUGUUUGUGCAUCUUACAGUUUGUCUUUCUUAACUUCUAAUAAAACCUAAACUCUUUGCUCACCUGAACCUGUGCCUGUCGCCUCUUUGUGUGUGUGUUCCCUCUCUUUUCUCUGUGUGCUUUUAGAACUAAGAAACGCUCUGAACAUUAACACCUCUUCAUUUUCUUACUUAGAUUAAAAACUCAAAAAAAUCUCUCAGACUAAAGAGAGUCGACCAAUAAAGAAGCUGUUCAACACCACACUGUAACAAAACUCCAUAAAUGCAUGAUGCACAAAAAACGACAUCCCUAUACUGCUCUGUCUUUAUGAUGCAUAUAAAUACAGCUGAAAGCUCCUGUGAGUAGUUUUCAGCUUGAUGUGAAACAGACUGAAAAUUAAAUGAAUGUCUCUCUAUGACCUAAAAAAAGCAGACAGACUAUAACAACGACAGUGGGUAUUUCUAUAUAGUCAUUUAAAGGGUUUGAAUCCACUAGCAGGGGGGUAGGUCAGACCAAGUGAUUAACUGCACACUGAUGAUGCAGCAAUUUCCCUGUCCCAUGACAAAGGUUCCCAAUGUGUGCUACAUUUGACUCUUCACAGACCUUUCUGUCAGGACACACUAAUCACACAUCAACGAACACUGCUUUGUCCACAGGGGGCGCCAGAAUCAACACAAACUGAAACAUCCUCACAGGAGCUUUAAUGCAGUACUGAAAUUAGACAUGGAGAUCUCCACAUCAGCUUCAAGAACAUGUGUUUCUGCUUUAGUUUUCAUGCAGUGGCGUUACAAUUUGUGCAAAAGUUAGAAAAUAACUGAAACACAGUCAAAGCAUGUAUUGAUGCUGGAAAAACAAAAGUUGAUUAUGAAUCCAGAGAGAGAUCCUCCAGGAGCUCAUAGCGUCGGUCAAUGACACAUUUAUUCCCAUUCAUUCAUCCCUUUUAUAUUGUUUUAAGUCAGUCAUUUGUCUCAUCGUAUUAACAUCAUCUGAAAUAAUGAAUACAAACACAGACCUUUGUUUGGAUAAGCAGGUGAAUGAAUGUGAGGAUAUGUUCAAUCAGUUUCCACACAGUAUUGAUACUCUUAUCUAAUAUUUGCUCAUCACAGAUAUUUGUGUUCACAUCAGGGUGAUGUUGGUAA